AUGGGGGACGAUCCGGGAAGGCUGUAUCGUUUGGAUGGAGUCGCUCACAUCGCCGGGUUGAUCAACAACGAGCCCCGGCGCUGCAUAUCGAGUAUGCGGCGGCAGCUUGGAAUGCGACUGGAUGAGCGGUACGUUUUGUACUUGCAGAUGGCCGGAUUAUACCAUCUUGCGAGACUGAACGACAGAUGGUUCCGAUUAGACGAGCCACUUGUGAGUGCAUUCGUCAAGCGGUGGCGUCCAGAGACGCACACUUUCCAUAUGCCAUUCGGAGAGUGCACGAUCACACUUCAGGACGUGGCAUACCAGUUGGGGUUGCCAGUGGACGGACAUUACGCCAGUGGUUGUCUGACGGAUUUCCAUGUAUACAUACAGGGUGGUCGGCCAGCUUGGCAGUGGUUCCAGGAGUUGCUGGGUGUGUUACCCCCCCUCCCGAGCCAAAUUCAAAAGUUCGCAGUAAACUGCAGCUGGUUCCAAGAGACCUUCGGAGAGUGCCCCGAGGGGGCAGACGAGGAGACAGUUAGGUGCUUUGCCCGUGCCUAUAUCAUGAUGUUGUUGGGCACCCAGCUUUUUGCCGACAAGUCCGGCAAUUGUAUUCACAUCAGAUGGCUAUCGUACGUGGCUAGGCUUGAGGAUAUGGGUGGCUACAGUUGGGGGUCGGCCGUGCUUGCAUGGCUAUACCGGUGUAUGUGCCGAGUGGCCAACAGACAUGUCGUGAAGUUAGCUGGGCCGUUACAGUUACUUCAGUCCUGGAUAUUUUGGCGUUUUCCUAGAUUUCGGCCUGAUGGGUUUGAUACGUUUAGCUGGCCCCUGGCAUCCAGGUGGUCAGGUUACAAUCCUAGGGUUAGCGAGAAGGGACCUCGGGUUCAGAUGACCCGGCUGAGGAUCGACAUGUUACAGCCUAGGGAUUUUAUCUGGAUGCCAUAUAGUAGACUAGAGGUCGUUCAGGUGGUCCAUCCGGAGGUGUUAGAGCCUCGUCAUACGGCUUUAUGGCGUUCCGUUACCUCGCUGAUAUAUUUUGCCGUGGUUGAGUGGCCCCAGGUUGAUCGGGUGUUACCACAGUUUGGAGGAGUACAGGCUUGCCCCCGUCCCGCCCUGAACAUCGACUUCUUGAUGUCGAAGGACGGUAGAGGAGGUGAUCGUUGGUUUCUGUCCCAGUUACACCACUGGCAUCUUCACUUGGAGACACGUGCGGAGCACGUCCUUCGGUUUGACGUUGUGCCGGACCCGGGGCCGUCACAUGACUUCUUGGACUGGUGGCGUCAACACGGAAAGAGGUUUUUGUCACCGGAGAUAUUCUUGGGGGAUCCUAGAGACAUUCCUAUUCCAGUUGAGGCUACAUAG